CUUUCAGACCAUCUCACUUGACAUCUGUUUGGUUCUUCGAUUGAUAAGUGUUACUGUGUAAUAUCUAGAUAUAAGCUUAGCGGGAGAUCUGUCAAUCCCAAUAACGAGCCUCUCGGAGCCACAGGACCUUCGCUGUUGUUAUUAGGCUACGAUCUGCUAAGAUGACAGAGCUAAGGCACCGUGGGGCCAGAGACACCGACCCAACGUUACAACAGCAGGCGUCAGAAGACAAGGGCUCAGAUGGUGAGCUGAAGGUGGAAAAAGAUGGGGUGUCAGACAGCGAGUCCAAGGUGGAUUCGGGGAUCCCAGAGGUGCCGGUCCCUUCUGAUGACACCCCCGUGGUUCUGAACAAGGCCCUGUCUGGACUCUCCUCAAGGUGGAAGAACUGGUGGGUUCGAGGCAUCCUCACACUAGCCAUGAUCUCCUUCUUCUUCCUCAUCAUCUACUUGGGCCCCAUGGUGCUUAUGAUGAUUGUCCUUUGUGUUCAGAUCAAGUGCUUCCAGGAAAUCAUCACCAUUGGCUACAGUGUGUACCACUCCUACCAUUUGCCCUGGUUUAGGACAUUGAGUUGGUACUUCCUGCUGUGUGUGAACUACUUCUUCUAUGGUGAGACAGUGACGGAUUACUUCUUCACACUGGUGCAAAGGGAGGAGCCCCUUCGCAUCCUCAGCAAAUACCACCGCUUUAUCUCCUUUGCCCUCUACCUCACAGGUUUCUGCAUGUUUGUGCUGAGUUUGGUGAAGAAACACUACCGCCUUCAGUUCUACAUGUUUGGUUGGACUCAUGUAACUCUGCUGAUUGUGGUGACUCAGUCUCACCUUAUCAUUCACAACCUGUUUGAGGGCAUGAUCUGGUUCAUUGUACCAAUUUCCUGUGUCAUCUGUAAUGACAUCAUGGCCUACAUGUUUGGGUUCUUCUUUGGCCGCACCCCUCUCAUCAAGCUGUCGCCCAAGAAAACAUGGGAGGGAUUCAUUGGUGGCUUCUUCUCCACCAUUGUGUUUGGCAUCUUGCUCUCUUAUGUGAUGGCAGGCUGCCGUUACUUUGUGUGUCCGGUGGAGUUCAACAAUGACUCCAAUAGUUUCCAGGUGGACUGUGAACCAUCUGAGCUUUUCCAACUCCAGGACUACGCCCUGCCCAGCAUCUUGGAGUCUGUCACUGGAUGGACCACAGUGCGUCUCUAUCCGUUCCAGAUCCACAGCAUUGCUCUCUCCACCUUCGCCUCUAUUGUGGGACCAUUUGGAGGCUUCUUUGCCAGCGGCUUCAAGAGAGCCUUCAAGAUCAAGGAUUUUGCCAACACUAUCCCAGGUCAUGGUGGCAUCAUGGACAGAUUCGACUGCCAGUACCUCAUGGCUACAUUUGUUAAUGUCUACAUUGCUAGCUUCAUCAGGGGCCCCAACCCGAGCAAGGUGAUUCAGCAGCUCCUGGCCCUUCGUGUUGAUCAGCAGCUCCACAUCUUCAACUCCCUAAAGGCUCACCUGACAGAGAAGGGCCUGCUGCCAGCGCUGGAGGAGGUCGCUGCCUAGAGCCAUCCACAAUGGUUUGCCCCAGUGUGGGGAGAUCAGAGAGGAGGGCAGCAUCUGAGGGCCCUGCAGCCCAGGAGCUCUGGGAGACUCACAGUGCUUCGUGUGAGCGUGAACACAUCCAAGAAAAAGAAAAAGGAAAAAAAAAACAAAACAAAGCAAACUACUAAAGCCUUGGGUCAUUCCAUUUUAUUUGAGUGUGAGAGUCAAGCAUGUUCAUUGUGUGAAUCGUUUCUGACACCAGUGUUUCCAGGUUAAGUUAGUGAAUUACUGUACUGUUACACACUUCUAUUACGGCCAUCUUGUAUCUAUUUACACUGUUGAACAAAACAUUUGGUCAGUUGUACAUUUCUACCUGUAUACAGGAUAACCUCUAUAUACUGUACCUAUUAAUGUGUGUUAAAAUUUUAUUGUACUUUUUCUUUUAAUGCACUGCUCUCGACCCGGUUACUCAUUGUAUUGUUAUUCCAGCUGCACCCCUCGCCAAAUUUCGGUUUUAAUUUUCUUUAUUGUGAUUGUUUCUAUUUAUGCAUAGAUGGGUUUUAUAUUUAGUAUGUUCUAUGAUAUCUUAAUGUCGUGUCUGUUUUAUUCAGACUGAAUUCACCUUUGCCAUCUGCCACGUGCAUUUAUGUGUGUGUGUGUGUGUGUCUUUUUUCCUGUGUUUUCACUGCCAUUUCAAAGCCUGUCUUGCUCAUUCAAGUCAUCAUGAUACCACAUGAUAUCAAGCAGUAGUGGCCUAAGAUGAACAGCUAAGUUACCCUGAAAUAUUUGGACAAGAUCAGUGCAUCUUACAAGUAAAGAGUUUGUGUGUUGGUUGGGUUUGUGCUGUAAAGACAAGUUAGUGGUGCUCCAUACAUAGAUAUUUUUAUUAAGGCUCAAAAGUGAUCUCUGAAGGCCAGUGCGAGAGACACCAGCACCCCUUUCAGGCUAAAUGCAAAAGCAGAAAGGUCCUCAUUUAAAAACCUGUUCUACAUCUAACACUCUGUUUGUCUCUAACAGAGUUGUUGUAGGGUUUACACGUGCUUAGCAAGGUAACAGGACUGUUGCAUUAUUCCCUCUAUUUGUGACAUUGCUGGAACAAGUAAGACACGGCAAUGGUUUGCCAGCACCUGCUUCCAUCAUUGUUCGGCUUGGCGUUUGUGAGUGGCAGCAGUUGUGCCACUUGUGGUCUCAUGCAUUUGAUAUUCAGGUUGAAGUAUGCCAUUACAGUCUGCUAUUGUAUAAACAGCUGUCAGUGUUCAAGAGGUUUUACAAUGAGAUUCUGUGUGCCACUGGCAGAUGUUUGUUUCAUUUGGUGGUAAAAUAUAAAAGCUGAAGAUGC